AUGAAAAACGAGUUGCGGCAGCUGUACUACAUUCCACAUUUAGAUGGAGUGGUCCGUUGGGUGGCAGCAUCCUGCGUAUGGUGCAAAGUGUGUCAUUGUCGUCCCAAAGCGCCUAGGAUGGCCCCGCUGCCAGUACAACGGGUCACGCCGAAUCUGCGUGCGUUUGACUAUGUUGGCGUCGAUUACCUGGGACCACUCGACGUAACCAUUGGGCACAGGACAGAGAAGAGAUGGAACGCGCUGUUUACUUGUAUGCUGACUCGCACUGUGCAUUUGGAGGUGGCGCACGGGCUGACAACUCAGUCGUGUUUGAUGGCGAUACACCGGUUCAUCGGUUGCCGGGGUUGGCCGAUCGAGUUCUUUUUGGACAACGGGACGAAUCUUCGAGGUGCCAGCAAGGAAGUAGUGGAGGCUGUGGACAUCAGAGAUGACUGCGCAGACCAAUUGACGAACGCAAGAACGAAGUGGAUGUUCAACCCUCCGGUCGCACCACACAUGGGAGGCGUCUGGGAACGGUUGGUCCGGUCCGUGAAGGAGUUACUAACGGCGUUCAAUGAUGGAAGGCGGUUGACUGACGAGAUACUGCAAACGGUCCUCGUCGAAGCGGAGGACAUCAUUAACUCCCGUCCGCUGACGUACGUGUCGCAACAGUCCGAUGAAGCAGAGGCGCUCACCCCUAAUCAUUUAUUGAACCAGCCAUGUAUGGCUCUCCCACCUCCCCACCCAGCGGUGGCCUUAAGGAACGCGUUUCAACGAUCGCAACAGUUGUCUACUGUGAUGUGGGAACGGUGGAUUAAGGAGUACGUGCCGUCGUUGAAUCAAAGAACGAAAUGGUUCGACGAAGCUAGGCCGUUACGGGCAGGAGAUCUGGUCUACAUAGUUGAGGGUACUAGCCGGAAGUGCUGGAUCCACGGUGUGGUGGAAGAGGUCGUCAUGUCUGGUGAUGGACGGGUCCGUCAAGCGUGGGUGCGUACCAGCACCGGAAGGUACAAACGAGCGACAGUUAAACAAGCCAGAAUAAAAAUGGAGGAUGGUAACACUAACCGGAUGUGGCUUCCGGGACAGAGUUACGGGCCGGGGAAUGUUCUGGCAGCACUGCCACUCCGAUGA